AGCUUAGUCAUACCACUCACCCUUCAUCUGCAGACUUCCUCAAACACACUCAUACAAACACCCGCUCCUCCUGUUCCUCCUCCUCCUUCUCCUCCUUCUGCAGCUCUUCAAGCUGUAGCCUGGAAGGCAGGGUCACUCUGCUGGACUGUGUGCUGCUCUGCUCACAGACAGCUUAGCUCACUCGGAGACUAAGUUGAGUUGUGGACAGUGUGUUGACUCAGGCUGGGGAAGACUGUGUUGUGACUCUGAUGUACUGCGUGGACUGCACUCCCUGCCUCUGGAGCCCCCAUGUGGCUUUAAGCUGCUGCUCUGCUGAUCUCGGUUGUGGCUGCCGUUCGUCCGUGCUGUCCUGUCCCCACGGAAACCUACCCAGCAGGCAGAUGGUCUGAGCAGUCAAGGGAAAAGUUUAUAACAGCAGCUCGUUGGUAAAAGACACGAUCACAGAGAACCAGUCAGUCUGAGUUUCUCUCUCUUUCUCCGGUCUCCUCUGAGGCAGCUGACCAUCUCUAUGGAAGUGGCAACAGCAACAGGAGCGCUCUGGCUGAAGGGGUCGAGACUCUCUCCUUCUUUCUCGGAUCUCUCUUCCUGAGUAACUGGACUAACUGGGGAUUAGGAUCUUGUUUUUUUGUCGAUUGGAAACUUCACACGUCACAACCUGGAUAUUACUUUAGAGGCUGAUUUCUAUAGUAAAGGCGAUCUUCUUGCCUGACCACCACCAUGGAAGAGCAGGCGGUGUCCAACAGUAGUCCCCAGCAUGGCCGAGGCCUGGGCAGGCAGAACGUCAUCAGGUGUGGCUGGCUGAGGAAGCAGGGAGGCUUUGUGAAGACUUGGCACACACGCUGGUUCGUACUUCGAGGGGAACAGCUACACUAUUACAAAGACGAGGAGGAGACUAAAGCCCUGGGGAUCAUUCUGUUACCUGGAAACAGAGUCACUGAGCAUCCCAGCAAUGGUGACGAGGGGGGAAAAUUCCUGUUUGAGGUCUCUGCAGGAGGAGACAGGGAGCGGAUGACAGCGAAUCAUGAGACAUACCUUCUUAUGGCCAGCACCCAGAAUGACAUGGAGGAUUGGGUGAAGACCAUACGCAGGGUCAUAUGGGCCCCAUUUGGUGGAGGUAUCUUUGGUCAGAAGCUGGAGGAAACGGUGCGGUACGAGAGGCGUUAUGGGAGCAGGCAGGCCCCCAUGCUGGUGGAGCAGUGUGUGGGCUUUAUACGCAAGUGGGGCCUGCGGGAGGAAGGACUGUUCAGGCUACCGGGGCAGGCCAACCUGGUUAAAGAGCUGCAGGAUGCCUUUGACUGCGGAGAGAAGCCCUCCUUCGACUGUAACACAGAUGUUCAUACAGUAGCCUCUCUACUAAAGCUGUAUCUCAGAGAGCUACCAGAACCAGUCAUCCCCUUCUCGAAGUUUGAUGAGUUCCUCUCCUGCACCAAACUGCUCAGCAAGGACGAGGAAUCUGGAAUGAAGGAACUGAAAAGACAAGUGGAAUGUCUACCUCCAGUCAACUACAAUCUGCUGCAGUACAUAUGCAGAUUUUUAGAUGAAGUCCAGUCCUAUUCAGGUGUGAAUAAAAUGAGUGUCCAGAACCUGGCCACGGUCUUUGGUCCAAAUAUACUACGGCCAAAGAUCGAAGACCCUGUAGCAAUCAUGGAAGGUACAGUGCUGGUGCAGCAGCUGAUGUCUGUUCUGAUUGGUCGUCACGACGUGUUGUUCCCUAGAGACGAGGACAGUCCCAAGACACUGGAGCUGGUCAACAACAACAACGAGGUCCAGAAGAGGCUGACCCAGAUUGUGCCGACGGUGCAGACUACAGAACAGAACAACAAUACCCAAAUACCCCAGCAGAGGGUGAAACAGUGUUCUUGGGAGACCCCCGAGUCGCCUCACCGCCAGCCCCCGGUAACGUUAGACAACAACGGCUCCGGUUCUCCUCGCUCAGCCAGCCCACUUAACGGCCAUGUUACCGGGCGCUUUGACCUGGCCCGCAGCCCGCCGUUAACCGUGAAGAAGAACCCGGCGGUCUCCAAGGGCAGCGGCGUGGUCACCAACGGCUCGUUUAGUUGUUCCCCCUCUGGAGACGCAGCCAACCAGGAGAAGAGCCAGACUCUGCCCGGUAACACAGGAGGCAUCAGCGGCCUCCAGGCCCGGCGCACCCUGAAGGGCUCGGGCACCAAGAUGGGCACCAGCGGGGUCCCUAACGGAGGUGUCCGCAUGGGCGUGUCAAGUACCGAUGUGGUGAACGGUACCCUGAACGGGCGUAAUGGUCUGUGGGUGCCCAAUGGCUACCCGGUCACCUUACGAGACAGCAAGUCUCGGGACUGUGGGGAGCAGACGGCAGCCCAGAACCGGCUGUCCACCUAUGACAACGUCCAGCAACAACAACAACAGUUACAAAAUCAACAACAGCCGUGUCUCAGCUCUAGCUGUGAGGACAAGCAGAGUGUGGACAGUGCAACCUGGUCCACCUCCUCCUGUGAGAUCUCUCUUCCAGACAACUCCACGUCCUGCCGUUCCUCCACCACCACCUGCCCAGAACAGGACUUCUACGGUGGGCUGGGCCACUACCAGGACCCCCUGCUGUUGCUGGAUGGACCUAGGGGGCUGUCCUCCCUCGGCGAGCAGCCCCAGCCAGGGGGGGACGUGGAGGGGGAGCGGAGGAACGGUGGUGGAGGUAGUGGAGGGAGGGGUAGUGGAGCCACCAGCAGCAGUGAUAACAGUGAGACGUUCCCUGUCAAUAAAGGACCCAGUAGUCACAGUGCUCUACACAGCCUGGUGGCCAGCCUGAAACACGAGAUGCAGAAGCAGAAGACAGAGUACGAGGCCAGGAUAACAAGCCUGGAGCACAGUAACCUGGAGUUGGAGACUGAGAUGGGGACUCUUCACGAGGAGCUGAACCAGGAGAAGAAGAAGGUCACCAUGGUGGAGAUCAAGUUUCGUAACGCAGAGCGAGCCAAGGAUGACGCAGAGAAGAGGAACGAGAUGCUGCAGAAAGAGAUGGAACAGUUCUUUUCUACCUUCGGAGAUCUGGCCGACGACCCGCGCCGGCCCGACCGGGCCAAUACCAUCUGGAUCCAGUGAGGGGUUGUGGCAGUGCAGGGUGGACUGUGCCAUUUUAAUCGAAUGAGAGGGGGUGGAACUUGACAAUGACUUGGAGACAUAUUGAAAGGGACAUUACCGUCUGGAUCUAGUGAGGGGGGUGUGUACCACCUGGGUGGUGAGAGAAAGUGGGAGAAUGUACUAAAGAGACACUUUGACAGACUGCACCACCUGAAUCUAGUGCGAGGGGGUGUCACAGUACACAGUGGAAUGUGCCAUUUUAAUCUAGUGAGAGGGGGCGUGGAGGUGCAGAGUGGACUGUGCCAUUUUAUUCUAGUGAGAGGCAAUGGAAGUAUGUACUAAGGCGGGGUUUCCCAAACUUGGUCCUUUGGACCCAUGUGGCACAGAUUUAGUUUUUUGCCCUAGCACUACACAGCUGAUUGAAAUAAUCAACUAGUAAUCAACCGUUGAUGGCAAAAACCAAAAGGUGCACGUGUGGUCCCCAGGACUGAGUUUGGGUCACCCUGUACUAAGGAGUAGGACAAAACAUUGAGAGGGACAGUACCGUCUGAAAGCCAGAGACAUGUGGAUACAGUGUGUAGUGGGACAGGGUGCAUGGCACUGGACCUCAACCAUGCUGACUGACUGUGGCAAUAUUACUGAAGACGUCAGGCGGCUGGUUAUCUGCCUGACACAGACUAUACCCAGCCUAUACAUGGACUACUGAAAGACUACACUACCCAUAAAACCAUUCUUCUUCCCCAUUUUCCUUAAAGAUCCAAUCAAGUAUAUAAUCAACCCUGUUCCAUGUUAUCAUGUAUCUGGCUGUGUAGAUAGAGGACCAUGUUAUCAUGUAUCUGGCUGUGUAGAUAGAGGACCAUGUUAUCAUGUAUCUGCUUGUGUAUAUAGAGAAAAAACUAUGCUGAAGAAGAGUUAUGUAUGUGUAAAAAAAAAAAAAAAUGUUACAAAAAUAUUUGUAUGUUUGUCUGGUAUAUUUAAACAACAUAACUAAGUAUCCAUGUGUGACAUUUCCAUUUGAUAUCAAUGCUUUUUGUUUUAUUUUCAACAGGGUGGUACUGAAUUACUUUAUGUACGCAGAUUUAGUUUCUUGUGUCUCAAAUCAAGUUAAUAUAACUUGUGGCUUUUUUUGUUGUUGCCACGGAGCCAUUUCAUUCAUCCCAAAGAAGAAGAGACGGAACGUGUGCAUGUUAAUAGAGACACUUUGUUUUGUCUGUACUGUAGCUUUAAGACAUUUUCCCCACAGGAAUGGUCUGGCUUGAAAAUGAAUCAUAUUUUGUAGAUUCUAUUAAAACCUAAAUACAAGUCUGGUUAGUAAUGGUUUCAACAUUGAAUGUUCAUCUAUAGUUGAUAUUUAUCCUCAACGGAAACUGUACACACAUUGGUAAUAAGACACAUCGCUUGUUUCAGGAUGUUUGGUCCAAGACUGAAAAAUAAACAUUGUAGCUGUGCU